CGGCAGCAAGCCUCAAAUGCCCCCUUAUCCUCUUCCGAAGACUCUGACAAUGAUUCGGACGCGGAGUCGGAGUCUUCCUAUGACUCUUCCUACGAAGGAGAUUAUGAGGAAGGAAAUGACGUUCGCGACGCUCUGGCCUACCGGCGAUCCCGCGAGGAAUUAGCCCAAUUGGAGAACACUCCUGAGGCGAACUUCGAGCUGUUCUCGGAAGUCCUCGACAGCAAGCGAUUGAAGAGCAUGCACGAGGAGGAGGACAAAGAGAUUUUGGCACAGUCUGACCCUUUUGAUUUCCCCAAAGACCCAGAGAAUUGGAGGGAAGAAGACUUGGGGGAGUUUUGGGCGGAUGGUCCAUUGGAAAUUGGGGGAACGGGUUGGGACCCGGUUUGGGCAGAUGAAGAUGAUUGGGAAUACGUGCGGGAGGAGCUUGCUGCCGGAAGGAAACCACCCAUUGCCCCAUUUUAUGUGCCAUUCCGGAAGUACAAUCCUGCGAUACCCGAUAACCAUUUCGACAUAUCUACCCCCAAGGCCGUAAUUGAAGAGUUGGAUAGGAUUGAGGAAUUCCUCCAAUGGGUCAGCUACAUUUUUCCUGAUGGCAGCUCGUAUGAAGGCACUGUUUGGGAUGAUAAUGCUCAUGGAAAAGGUGUUUAUGUUUCUCCAGAGGGGCUAGUCAGGUAUGAAGGCGAAUGGCUCCAAAAUGACAUGGAGGGUCAUGGCGUCAUUGAAGUUGAUAUUCCUGAUGUUGAACCUGCUCCUGGUUCCAAGCUUGAAGCGAAGAUGCGUGCUGAAGGGAAGAUUAUAUCAAGGGAUUAUAUGUCCCCUGAAGACAGAGAAUGGCUUGAGAUGGAUAUUGAAGAUAGUUAUAAUCUUGCUGAUGGGACCUAUGAAAUUCCAUUUUAUGAUAAUGAUGAAUGGGUUGAACAAUUUGGAAGAAAACCGGAGAAAGGUCGUUAUCGGUAUGCUGGUCAAUGGAAACAUGGAAGAAUGCAUGGAUGUGGUGUAUAUGAAGUCAAUGAGCGUACGGUUUAUGGAAGAUUUUACUUUGGAGAAAUGUUGGAUGAUUCUGAGGGCUGUGAUGACGAAACUUCUGCGCUGCAUGGUGGUAUAGCAGAAGUGGCUGCUGCAAAGGCUCGCAUGUUUGUCAACAAGCCUGAUGGAAUGGUUAGAGAAGAGAGGGGUCCAUAUAGUGAUCCUCAACACCCCUACUUCUAUGAAGAAGACGAUGUGUGGAUGGCACCAGGCUUCAUCAACCAGUUCUAUGAAGUCCCUGAUUAUUGGAAGACAUAUGUGCAUGAAGUAGAUCAGGAAAGGGAAAUGUGGUUGAACUCCUUCUACAAGGCUCCACUUAGGAUACCCAUGCCAGCUGAACUUGAAUACUGGUGGUCAAAAGAUGAGACUCCUGAGUUUAUCCUUAUUAACAAGGAACCUGAGCCUGAUCCUGAAGAUCCAUCAAAGCUCAUAUAUACUGAGGAUCCUCUCAUCCUUCACACACCAACUGGACACCUAAUUAAUUAUGUUGAAGAUGAGGAACAUGGAAUACGUUUAUUUUGGCAACCACCCUUAAACAAGGGUGAGGAUGUGGACCCAGAGAAGGCCCACUUUCUUCCCCUUGGUUAUGAUGAGUUUUUUGGACGAGAGAAAAGGGAUGGAAAGGAUGGCAUAUUGAUGCGUGUUGUGCUAGCAGCGGAAAAUGCUUUGAAGCCAUUAUUUAAUAAUUUGGAGAAAUGGACUGAAGAGCAGAAGAAAAAUAGUGAAAUGAAAAAGAAGGCAUUGGAGAAAGAACUUGAACUGGUAGAAGCUGAGUUGUCUCUGGAAGAGGCAGUUGCAGAUUUGGAUGAAUUGUUGAGAAGAAGAGAGGAAGAGGAGGAAAAAAAGGUGGAAAUGGGUUUGCUAGAAGAAGAAGAAGAAGACACUGCUGAAACCAAUCAAGAUGGAGAAGCUCGCAUAGCAGAGGAGGAAGUGAAAGAGGAGGAGGAAGAAGAUGGAGACGGAGACGAAGAUGAGGAUGAGGAUGAUGUUGCACAAUCAAGCUUCGGCUCCAUUGAACAGGAACAGUCAAGAGAUAGCCAGAAGGGUAGCAAACCUGGGAAAUCACCAUUUUCUACAUCUUCACUCUUUUUCGCAUCUAAUAGCCUUGUUUCAGGGGUUCCGUUCAGGAUGCAAAGUCCCUUUUUCCUGUUGAAAAAGGGUAAAUCAAAAUCACAGUCGACUCCUCCUUUGUCUGCUGACGACUUCAGUAAUGUGAGAACAUUUGAUUCAGUUAGUUUUCGUCCAGUUAUUGGCCAGAAGAGAAGUUUGAAGGCUAUUGGCCAAACACUUGGGAGGGUCAAGGUAAAAAGCCAUUCAGAUAGGAAAUGUUUUAAAGUGCGUUCAUUGUCUCGGACCCCAUGCCAUUCCCCGGAUUCUUCGAGUUUUAGAAACAAGUUAGAAGAGACUGGAACGAGGAGGGGCAUGUGGUUGCAUACAGCACCAGGGAGGGAUUUAGACAGUGUAUUGUCUUUGCAUACACCAGUGCAUAGUUUGAAGCAUAUAGAGAGAGAGUGUGUUGGCGAAUGGGAUUCUUUUUAUCCAAAUAUGCCAACUGUGAAUCCAAGUAUCUUCAUUUUCAGUUGAAUAAACUGGGGAAAGGAAAAGAAAGAUGAGCAUGAAAGGAAUGAGGGGGAUUAUUCUUUUUUGUUUUUUUUUUACCGUCUUAUUUUUGUCUGUAAUGGUGAGGUUGAAAAAUGAAAACUUUUUGUGAGAUUUAUGCCACUCGCUGCCGGAAAGGAAUUUUCCAUUAGAAUUGUUGGAUAUUGUUUGCAUUUCA